UCACUAUAUUGGUCUCUCACAGUACACAGAACAUGGAAAUGCAAUUAUUUUAGUAAAUGUAAACUACUAAAUACCUUUUCUCAUCAGAAGUUAGAGCAGUCUUGUGACUUCAGCAGAGCACUGGUUAAAGCUUGGAGGAGGAGUUUUCUUUCUGCUCUAGGAGGAUGCAGAACCCCUGACCUCUGUCUGGACAGUGCUGAUUGGCCCUUUACUGAUCACAUGCAUUCUCCCAUGAAAAAAAACCUCUCUAGCAAUACACACUAAACUAAGCAUGUUGGAUAGUGUCUCCACAGAUAUGUCUUAUCAGGAGAUAAGAGGGAAUACUGGAAGAAGGGGAGGAUCAGAGAAGUCAGGAUCAAGCAGUGUUUUUACACAGUGCAGAAGAUUAAUCCCUUAGGUUCCACAGUGAGUAUAACAAGCAUGCUUUGCUGCAUAUACAGACUGAUUUUACUGUUGUAGGUUUAGUAACACU